CUCCGCCCAAACACGGAGGAUACCACCAACACAGCCUCCCCAUAUACGAAAGUCUCCGUCUGUAGACGGAGAUUUCCACCCUUCCAACAUUAUACAGCGCCCUCCAAAAGCGGAUAUAAAAGAUGGCGUGAGACCCGACAAAUAGAUUCUACUUCAUCACUUACAAUCACAAUUACAGGCAUAUUCACAAGAACACUACUUUUUUUCUAUCUAUCUUACUCUGACUCUUCAUAUUACCAUCAUGACUGUGGGCAAUCUUCAUAUUGUUGCUUUCUUCGGCGCCACGGGCGGGUGUGUUUUGGCCUGUUUGGUUCACGCCUUGAAGGCUGGGAUUCGGUGUUCGGCUUUGGUUCGGGAUCCAGCCAAGCUUCAUGAUCUACUGCGUCAACGGGGCUUAUCGGAAACAAUCACCGCGGAAAAGCUCUCCGUCGUGAAAGGGGACGUCACAGAUAUCAGCGCAGUGCAACAGACGCUCAGGUACAAUGGACAACCUGUUGACAUGAUCGUCUCCGGGGUCGGCGGCAGGCUGAUUUUCACGAACCCGCUCAGACCCAGGCUCGACAACCCGACUAUCUGCCAAGAUGCCGUUAGGACUAUCCUUGCGGCAUGCCGAGGAUUGGAGAGGAAGCCUGUGCUGGUUGCUAUCAGCAGCGUUGGGUUGACUGAUAAGAAGCGGGACGCGCCGAUUGCUAUGGUGCCGCUGAAUUACUGGGCGCUUAGGGAUCCGCAUGCGGACAAGAAGGUUAUGGAGGAGAUUAUUUUUGAGGAGAUGAAGAAGCCCGAGGCGGAGAGGGCUAUUCGGGAUUAUGCUCUUGUUCGUCCUAGUUGGUUCAUCAAUGGGGAGGGGAUUGGUUUGGGGGGGAUUAGGGAUGGUACGGAGGAGUGUCCGGCUAUAGGGUAUACCAUCAGUCGCAAUGAUGUUGGUCUUUGGAUUUAUGAGAAUUUGGUUCAUUGGCCAGUGCAGCUGGAUAACCCGUAUGUGGGACGGCCGACAACUAUCACUGCUUGAGUUGGUGGUGAGAGAAUGGAAAUGGUUUUGCUUAAGUUGUUUGCGGAUUCUGGUCUUGUCUCCUCUCUUUCCUUUUUUAGAAAGCAACUACCCCAAACUUUUUUUUUUUAGUCUUUGUGGUUUCGAUAUGGUAUUUUUUGGCGACUUGAGCGAGAUAUGUCAACGUCAUGUAUUCCAACAGUGAGCCCUGAUAACAAUUUAAUACUGGUCAACCGAGAUUUAGUUAAUCAAUUUGGCUAAAUAGACUUACAACUACCAUGACGGGUUUCAAUUGGCUCAUGACCCUUGUGUUAGCCUCGUGAAAAGAUGAAGUAUUGAGUUCC